ACUGGUUGAUGCAAAGAGUCUCUGGGCGACGCAACACACACCACUCGGCACAUCAUGGCUUCAGGAUAUGGCAUGCACGGCGGCGUUGGCCGCUGCUUUCCGUUCUGGCAGGAGGUCAUGGCCUGCUAUGUCGUCAACACCUCAGCCGAAGACGACUCUGGCAAGAAGAAGUGCUCGCCCGUACUAGAAGAUUACUACGAGUGUCUGCACCACAAGAAGGAGCACGCGAGAGCGCUGGCGUUGCAAGCCGCAUACGCUCGAGCUCAAUCAGCAACCCCGCGAGACAAUGCGCCGAGCGCAAGCCAGAUACGGAAUUUGGGGCUUCUAGGGAAGACGGAGGACACAAAAGCGGUGCUUGGACAGGGAAAUUGAGGCAAUAGACGAUUGAAGCGACGCGGCGGAGUUUCGACCCUCUUCUACGUAUCUACAUACAUAUCCUUGAUGCGCAUAGAUAUCGCAGCAAGCCAAAAAUAUAUAUGAAAUCAGAAGAAAAUGGAAAGUAU